AUGGAAGGAACCCACACCCCCUCCUCACCGACAACAACUUUCACUCACCGCUCGGGGGAGACUACAUCGUCAUCUGAAGAUUCCAUCGGCCCAGUAUCGGGCACAAGGGCCCCAUAUUCAUAUGAAUCCCGUCCCUUUUCCGUGCCAAUGUCACAGCAAGGCUCGACAACCGGAUUCUCCUCAUCCAUCGGUUUGAAUGUACCACAGAGGUACUUUCACUCUCGCCGUGUAAAAAAAGGUGAAGUAUCACAGCCAUGGCUAGCAAAGAAGGAUCCUCGCGAGAAAUGGGUUACGAUUAUUCCGUGCAUUGGAUUGUUCUUCGGAUUGGGGAUUGCAGGGAUCUUGAUCUGGCAUGGGAUUUCGAGUGUAGUUAAUCACAAGUAUUGUCCGGUGUUGAUGGAGGAUUGGAGUAAUGGCUUCAGAGAGGAAAUUUGGUCCAGAGAAGUUCAGGUCGGGGGUUAUGGAAAUGGGCUGUUCGAUUACACUACAGACACACCUGAGAACUCAUUUGUCGGGGAGGAUGGUCGCCUCCAUAUUCGACCAACACUUCAGGACGAAAAGCUCAUCAACACCGAUAAUGUACUCAACCUCACUGCUAUGGGUAUCUGCACAUCUGCUAUCCUAAAGGACUGCGUUAUAGCAACAAAUGCCACCAACCAAACCAUCAUAAACCCUGUAAAAUCCGCACGAAUCCACACCAGAAAGAGUGCCUCCAUUAGAUACGGCCGUGUCGAAGUCCGUGCCAAACUCUCCAAAGGCAAAUGGCUCUGGCCUGCCAUCUGGAUGAUGCCUGUCGAAAACACAUAUGGAGCCUGGCCGAGGUCCGGUGAGAUAGAUAUUGCCGAGUCCCGCGGCAACAACUGGCAAUAUUCUCAGGGUGGUAAUGACAUUAUUUCUUCUACGCUACACUGGGGACCUGAUCCGGCCAAUAAUGGAUGGUGGAGGACGAACGUCAAGCAUAGAGCGCUCCACACAACAUAUGCGGACAAGUAUCAUACAUUUGGGCUGGAAUGGAGUGAGAAGUAUAUCUUCACAUAUGUCGACUCGAGGCUCUUGCAGGUCCUCUAUACAAACUUCCAGGAGCCCCUUUGGAAACGUGGGAACUUUCCAAUUGCUAGCCAGAAUGGCUCUAGAUAUAUCGAUCCUUGGUCACAAACUGGCCACCCUAGCACUCCAUUCGACCAGAAAUUUUACCUUAUCCUCAACGUAGCCGUUGGUGGCACCAAUGGGUGGUUCGAGGAUGGGAAAGACUUGAAGCCUUGGGUUGAUGGCAGCCCGGGUGCAAAGAAAGAUUUCUGGGAUGCCAGAGAAGAGUGGUAUUCUACAUGGGAGAACAACGGUGAUAUGAUUGUUGACACCGUCAAGAUGUGGCAACAAUGCGAUUGA